GGCCUUCCUUGUCCCAAUCAGAGAGAGACUUUUUAAUUUUAUAGAAAGAAUGUCCCCUCUUUUAAGGACAUAUAUUUGUGCACAUCAUGAUCUGUGCACAUUUAAGGACGUUCCACAAUUAACCCGUGUUAAUUUUUGCAUAUUUGGAAUAUUCAGGUACUAAAGUAUCUAUCUGCAAAGUUUGGUGAAAAAUGACAGUGGAUUUCACUUUUUGUUUUAGCACAAUUGGAGUUUAGCAUCCAUACGGUAUAGCUGAAGCGUAUGCACACUGUAUUGGUAUUAGCAGCUCGCAGAUGCAGGCCAGCUGAAAUUUGCUCGGAUAUCGCGGAGCCAAUUUUUCAUCUCUAACUUAAACUACUUUCUCCAGUGAAAAUGGCAGAUGAUUUUAUUUUUGACUUUCUCCAUAUGGAAGUAGUAGACUUUGUGCAGCGAACAACAAACUCAGAUGAAAAGGAUAAAGUGAUUUCCAAGCUAGAGCAGAUGGGUUAUCGAGUGGGUCAGAGUCUGAUUGAGAAGUUCACGAGAGACAGCCCUCGAUUCAGCAGUGAACUGGACAUCAUCAAAUUUGUGUGCAAGGAUCUAUGGAAUGGGGUCUACAAGAAGCAGGUUGAUAAUCUCAGAACAAACCAUCAGGGGGUGUAUGUUUUGCAAGAUAACAAAUUCAGACUGCUCACUCAGAUGUCCUCUGGCAAACAGUAUAUUGAAUCAGCACCACGGUACUUAGCAUUCCCAUGUGGUUUAAUACGAGGUGGUCUGGCAAACUUAGGAGUCAACUGUGUCGUGACAGCAGAAGUCAGCACUAUGCCAGCAUGUAAAUUUCAGAUCAUGAUUCAGAGGACAUAACAUAGCAUCAAUCAGUGCCUUGCCAUGUCUAAAUUCUUAAUGUAAAGGGCCAAGGAUGAAGCCUGGACAGUGCUGAUGACUCAGAAUAUGUAUAUAUAGUUCAUUUCAUGACUGAGCACUAUGGCAUAGAAAUGUGUCUUCUGAUGUUAGCAUCUGGACUUGGUUUACUGGCUCAGUAGAUAAGACAAUGAAAUUAAGCACUGUGUAAAUUCAUUGACUGCUAUAUUCUGUAAUUGCCAGAGACUUUGUGUAUGGACCCACAGUUCCAGUAGGCAAUUAGCUGUGAAACUGGACAGAAGAAAGGACCAACCAAGGCAGUAACAAAUCUACUCAAAUUUAUCAUCAGAGUGACUAUAUUGCUUGGUUGUUAGUCAGAAUGACUACUACAUUGUCAUUUUCAUGUCAUAUAGAAUUGGACAUGGGAUUAUUAUUUUGCAAUUGGAGUUGUACCAAGUUGCAAUUAUCUCCAUGAAGCUUUGAAUUCUACAGAAUUUGUGAAAAUUGAAAUGCGAGAACCUUUAUCAAAGUUGUUGUUAUCAGACAACUAAUAUGGGCUGAGUUUUGGACAUGUGAUCAUUGCUUUCUUCAAACUGACAUGAUUAGAUGAUAAAAUGAAUUGAUAUCUGGGUCAUAUUACAAAAAGAGUUUCAAUCAAAUGCAACUCAAGGGCCCUGUUGCAUAAAGGUUACUAUUAUAGUAUCUUUUCCACCCAAUGGUAUCUUCCCUGAAAUCCUUGAUUCUGAUUGGCUGAUUAGGAUUGUUACCAUGGCAGUUACCUUCGGAUGGCAACGUUACUAUGAUAGUAACUUUUGUGCAACAGGGCCAAAAAAUCAAACUUGGAUUUCAACCAAUGAGAAGAGCAUAUUGAGGAUGUGUGCUUGAUUUUUGGGGGCAUUUAAAUGCAACUCUCUUUAAGGAAAACAGAAUAUAAUGGGGCUCAUAUUUAUUUGUUUUCCUGGGCUCUUUUCUGAUGAAAAUCAUUUUAAAUUCCAUUUCUAUAUUUCAUUACCCCUUCCCUCAGUUCCCUGAUGGUUACCAUGAAUAGAAGAUAAAAUUAUUACAUUUAUCAUUCGAUUUAAGUGGAGGUUAUGAUAAAAUAUUACUGUGCAAUAAAUCUGUCUCGAUUGAACUCCUAUCCCUCAUUUGUGACAAAGGAUACAUAAUAUUGGGACAUUCUCAAUGUACACUUGAAAUAAGAUGUAAUGAAAUCUCCAUUAACUAAAUUCUCAAACCAGUGUUUAAAUUACCUUUGGGAAUUCAGCAAUUUUGUUUGAAGUAGCAUUUAUCUGUAAAUAUUCAUACAUGUAUGAUGAUAAUAGACAUAUGUAAUAAAGGAUCAAGGAAUCACAA